GAGCUGGACGGAAGUGCGCGGUGCGUCGCCGAACUGGGUCCGGGUGGCAACUGAUGGGGGGGGAAAAAACGCACAUCGCAGUCAAAUUUUCCCGUCGCAUAAAGAGGAAGGAUCUGUUUGUCAAAUCCCACAGGGAACAAUGCAGCGGGCGCAGUUUGGCGGCGGGAGCAGGACAGUGAAGAGGCCAUGAGCUCCAGCAGUGAGAGCCGGAGCAGACAGCUGGCAGACGGACUGACUGCGGCUCCUCUGCGGCUGCAGCUGCGGGCUGAGCGCCUCCUCCACCUGGACUGAAACCUCCCUGAAGUCUAACCACAGGAAGGAGAUCUCAAAUUAUGGACAAACCCAAAAGGUGUGCCUGUGAUGCUCAGGGCUGAGGAGGAGAGCAGCUGAAGAGGAGGAGAUGGGCUGCACCUCAGCCAAGCAGGUGUCAGCCGUGCCCAACGGGGAGGAGAGCCAGAAUAAAGCCUACAGCAACGGAGACCUCCUCUCAGAUGAGUACAAGAUGAGAGGAGUGGAGAAAGUCAAGUACAUCAGCGGAGAAGAGGGAGGAGUGGACGGCCAGGACAGCACAGAGAAAAGCGCUCUCCUGGGUAAAGGCCAACAAAUGGAUGAAACAGGAUCGAAUGGAAAUGAAAAGAUACUGAGCUUCCACUCCUCCGAGAGUCAGCAGGAGUUCUUCAGGAUGUUGGAUGAGAAAAUUGAAAAGGGCCGGGACUACUGCUCAGAGGAGGAGGACAUGACAUAGCACUGUGGCCGUUCCUCCGUCAGUCCGCAGAAUGAAAGGAACUGUCUUUCCAGUGUUAGGGAUGGAGCCCACCAUGUGACACCACGUCCAGGGCGAAUCUGUCCCGUCUCCACUGUCCCUUGUGUGUAUGCGCCUGAGAAGAACGGAUCACUGACUCGAAUCAAGCACCUUUUUGCCGUCCUGCUCGCGACCAGCUCUGUUGAUUAACCCUGAAAGAGACUGAAAUCCAACAUCCGAGACGGUUCAGUAUUUGUACGUCUGCAGAGGGAGAGAAGACUGCGCUUUACUCUCCCGAUGAAGCCAUGGAAAUGUUGGGAUCCUCAGUAGGAAGCUUCUUUUUCCGCUUUUUUGGAAAACUCUUGAAAGAUCAAUAUACACGGCUGUCAUGGAGAUAUCAUGUAGACAUUAGAAACACAGACUGUUUUAUUUAAUUAUCCAACAGUGGGAAUGAUCAGCGCUGUUGUGGACGCUGAGUCAAAGUGAAAAUAAUGUCUCUGUCUGCAUUAUUUUAAAUAUUUCAUCCUCCUGAAAAGUGGACAGGUUGGAAACUUACAUUCCGAGACACAGUAUGUACCUCUUUUCUACAGCUUGUUGGCCAGUGCGGUGUGUUCGUCUGUCCCUGUCUGUUUCUGUAUAACGAGUAUUUAUGUUGAAUAAGGCUCAGGGCUGAAGUGUUGUAAUAUUUGUCCCAUAUAGUCGAGUCCUUCCUCUCAUCGAGACACUGCUGCACCAUUCAAAUAUAAAGAGACACACACACACACAUGCACUCUCACGGCGGGGUCACUGACGAGCCCCGCUUCAGUAUCUGCUCCAUGUUAACCCUGCAGGGCGGUGGACACUGCGACAUCACAGAUUAGCCUCAUUAUGUGUUUUAAUCACCAGUGUUACAUUUUUUUUGUUCUGUUUGUAUGUUGAACUUUUGUUUUUCUAGAAAAAAUUAAAAGCGUUUUCAGUAACUUCUCCACACA